AUGACGAUUAACCCUACAUAUCUGGCCCAACGGUCGAGGUCGUCCAUUAACUGGGCAGAUGCGCAACGACGAGUUCUCAGAUCAUACCGCGAAUGGCUCAGAGCUAGCCCUGAGAUCCAGUCAAUGUACUCCCUAAACAUGCCUGUCUCCAAGAUCCGGACGAAAGUCAGACAAGAGUUUGAGAAACACAGAUACGUCAAUCAUCUACAGGCGGUGGAUGUCCUGAUCCAACAGAGUCAGGCCGAGUUCCAGGAAACACUGAACUUCUGGAAACAGAAUUCGCAUAUCAUGAAGUACUUCAGAACGGAAGAAGAUGAAAACGCCAGGUUACCAAAGAACUUUAUGUCUGGAUUCCUCGAGGGACGAAACUAG